AUCACUAAUUAUCAAAUCCUAUAAAAAGGUGGAGAACACCAGCUACGGCUAUUUAUCUCGAGUAGUGGGAUUCUUUACAAAAUAUAAAAAUCAAGCAACAUGUCUCGCGAUACUGCAUCCAAUCAAUUGAUUGACUACAAGAAUUCUUUGAAUUCUGCUCCCGGGGCCGUUACCACCGGUGCUGGCGCUCCCAUUGGCGUCAAGGAUGCCACCAUGACUGUUGGACCCCGUGGCCCUGCUCUAUUGCAAGAUGUCAACUUCCUCGAUGAAAUGGCCCAUUUCGAUCGUGAACGUAUUCCCGAACGUGUUGUACAUGCCAAGGGUGCUGGUGCUUUUGGUUAUUUCGAAGUAACCGACGACAUUACCAAAUAUUGUGCCGCCAAGGUGUUCGAAAAGGUUGGCAAACGUACCCCAGUGGCUGUACGUUUCUCAACGGUCGGUGGUGAGAGUGGUUCCGCCGAUACGGCCCGUGAUCCCCGUGGUUUUGCCGUUAAGUUCUAUACCGAUGAUGGUGUUUGGGAUUUGGUCGGCAACAAUACACCAAUUUUCUUCAUUCGUGAUCCCAUUCUAUUCCCCAGCUUCAUUCACACCCAAAAACGCAAUCCUCAAACUCACUUGAAGGAUCCCGACAUGUUCUGGGAUUUCAUUUCGUUGCGCCCCGAGACCACUCAUCAAGUCAGUUUCCUGUUCAGUGACCGUGGUACUCCCGAUGGUUAUCGUUACAUGCACGGCUAUGGCUCCCACACCUUCAAGAUGAUCAAUGCCAAGGGUGAACCCAUCUACUGUAAAUUCCAUUUCCGUUGCGACCAGGGAAUUAAGAAUUUGGAUGCCAAGAAAGCCGAUGAAUUGGCUGGCUCUGAUCCCGACUAUUCCAUCCGUGAUUUGUACAAUGCCAUCAAGGAAGGAAACUUCCCCAGCUGGACUUUGAGAAUUCAGGUUAUGACCUUCGAACAGGCCCAGAAAUUCAAAUACAAUCCCUUCGAUGUGACCAAGGUAUGGCCCCACAGCGAAUAUCCUUUGAUCACAGUUGGUAAAAUGGUUUUGGAUCGCAACCCCACCAACUACUUUGCCGAAGUGGAACAAAUUGCAUUCAGCCCCGCUCACUUGGUGCCUGGUAUUGAACCAUCUCCCGACAAGAUGUUGCAAGGUCGUCUCUUCUCCUACUCGGACACCCAUCGCCAUCGUUUGGGCCCCAACUACUUGCAAAUCCCCGUCAAUUGUCCCUACCGUGUGCCUGUUAAGAACUAUCAACGCGAUGGUCCAAUGACUGUCACCGACAACCAAGGUGGUGCACCCAACUACUAUCCCAACUCCUUCUCUGGUCCCGAAACUUGUCCACGUUCCCGUAGCUUGGAAUCCAAAUUGCCCGUUUCCGGUGAUGUCUAUCGUUACAGCAGCGGCGACACUGAGGACAACUUCGGUCAAGUUACCGAUUUCUGGGUGCAUGUCUUGGAUGAGCCUGCUCGUCAACGUUUGGUCAAUAAUAUUGCUGGCAAUUUGGUCAAUGCCAGUCAAUUCAUCCAAGAGCGUGCUGUCAAGAACUUUACCAAUGUCCAUCCCGAUUUUGGUCGUAAAUUGACCGAGGCUUUGAAAUUGGUUAAAUCGGCCAAGAUGUAAGCAGGCAGCAGCACUCUGUUGUCUCAAUUUGUAUUUGUUUAAAGGUUAUUGGUGAGAAAAAAUGUCUCGAUUUUCGUUAAAAAAAUGGUUGCGGGCUUUUUUUCUCUUCUCUAUCCCCUCUUAACUUUGUUCGAUGUUUCUUUUUUUUUUUUUUUUUGAGAACUGUUGUAUAAAAAUUGUAAAAUUAUUGAUACAUAUUUUUUAGAAUAUUGGACACAUACACACCCACACUGGCCAUGUAGUCAUUUUGGAGAUUAAACAAAAAAUGCCUUGAACUAACUUUUUUACAUUCGAUUUUUUUAUAAAGAUUUUUUUUGUGUAAUCUUAUAUGUAUAGCUUUAGUACGCACAUUUCCAUUAUAUAAUCAAUAAAAUGCAAUAUUUUAUAUAUAUAAAAAAAA